GAGCGCGCAUCCACAUCUCUCUGCUCUCGAAGGGCGCGGUACUUGGCGCUCUCCUAGUGACAGUCGAGCCUCAACUCCACACGAAUUCUUGAUCAAUGGACGAUAAUCUGCGAAUCCAACGCUUCGAAGUUCCUCCGUCGGCGGAAGACUUCGAUUCUCUCAUAGAAUCUCGCAACGUUCCAGCUGUUCUCGUUGGAUGCGUUAAGGACUGGAGAGCUAUACUGGAGUGGAAUCCAUACCAUGGCGGCCUUGACAAUUUGCAGGAAUGUGCUGGAUCCUGCAUAGUGGAAGCCAUGCUCACUAGAACGGCUCCAGUUUUUUAUGGUGACCUUAGAAGCCAUGAGAGAGUUCCGCUUCCAUUUUCUACUUUUAUUCAAUUUUGCAAGCAGCGUCUGCAAGAAAGGAAUGAAGGAAAUGUUGUUUCCACUGAAUCAAAUUCUAACAGGACGACCUAUCCUGACAUGGAGAAAGGCUGUUUGCCUUUUGAAGAUGAUUCUAAAAAAUUAUACUUAGCACAGGUGCCAAUUUUGGAUGUUAUAAACGAAGAAAGGGCACAAUUGGCACCUCUGAGACAAGAUAUUCAAACACCUGCUUUUCUGGAGAAAAAGAAGUUAGCCUCUAUAAACCUUUGGAUGAACAGUGCUCAAUCUAGGUCAAGUACUCACUAUGACCCUCACCAUAAUGUUCUAUGCAUAGUUUCUGGCAGUAAACAAGUCAUUUUGUGGCCCCCUUCUUCUACUCCCUCGCUGUACCCGAUGCAUAUUUAUGGAGAGGCCUCUAAUCAUAGCUCUGUUACUUUAGAAAAGCCCGACUAUUCACUUUAUCCAAGAGCAAAAUAUUCCAUGAAAUCCUCUCAGACCGUUAUGCUUCAUGCUGGUGAUGCACUUUUUAUUCCAGAAGGCUGGUUUCAUCAGGUUGAUAGUGACGAUUUAACCAUUGCUGUUAACUUUUGGUGGCAGUCGCACCUGAUGUCUAGUAUGUCAGAGCACAUGGAUGCAUAUUACUUGCGUAGAAUAUUGAGAAGAUUGAUGGACAAAGAAAUGAACGAAGUUUUGCAUGUGCCUUGUUCUCUUGCUGACAUGGAUGACACGAAGAGCCAUGAGCGUGAUGUUCCUAAUAACAGAGGGAUGGAUAAAGGUGUUCGUUGUCUGGGUCAAGCACUUGAUGGUGGGGAUUUUAGGGAGAAAGAGCCAAGGGAAGAAACUUCUCAUGAACUUGAACCCCGCACUGCCCAGGCUCUGCAUGGGCUUAUUGCAUUAGUACAUGACCAAGUAAGCGUUUCUGAUCAAAUUGGACCCCUUCGGUCGAGUUCUACAAAUUGUUCUUCAGAUGAAGAGGGGAUGAAGAUCACUAGUUUACAUAGUUUGGAGAAUGAUCGAGUUGCUACCUUUAUUUGGAAUUUGGAACCAUGUAUUCUUCAGAAGGUCCUUCUCACCAUGGCGAAUAACUUCCCAAGAACUCUCGAGGCUCUUAUACUGCACUUGCUUUCACCUGUUGGAGCAGAAGUUCUUACUCAAAAAUUUGAUCAGAUGGACAAAGAAAACACCGAGGAGGACCAGAAAAGAUUCUACGAAGUUUUCUAUAGUUCAUUUGAUGAUCAGUUUGCUGUGAUGGAUGCAAUUCUAAAUAGCAAAGAGUCUUUCGCCCGUCAGGCGUUCAAAAGUGUGCUGGAUAAAUAUUUGGGAGUGAACUUAAAUGGGCCAAAUCUGGGAUCUUGAAGGAAGUCCUAUAAAGAAAUUGGUCCUGCAGAUUCUGGAGCACAUCGAUGCUAUCCAUUUUCUAAAGCUUUUCCUCUCAAUUGGUACUUUUACAUAUAAGUUAUACACAGCUAUGUAUGAUGUAAAUCAUUACCUACUCUAGGCAUUACUUUGUAAUUUAUUCCAGAUCCAUCUUAUUUUGUAUAGAGAAGGAAACAAAAAGUCUCUUAAAAUCAAUUUGAUUCAAGUUUCAACUUAUGCUCCUAGUACCUCCAUUUAUCAUCUAAUUUUACCCGUAGAAACUUCCGAAGUAAGCCAGGAGCAUAUGUACUUUUAAGUUUAGCCCAUUUGUUACUAGCCAAGGAAAUGAAAUAUCUUUAGUUAACAAGUUUAAUGAGCUAAAAUAUAGUGAUUCAGGAGAAACGACGCAAGGAGCAAGUAGGCAACCUAAAUGCUUUUGCCUGGUAUGUUCGCAAUUGAUUAGUGAUAAUUAUCGUAGAGUAUCUGUAUUAAGGAUAGGAUUGCUUAGGAGCUUCUGUUUUAUCUACAGGUGAGACUGAAAAGUACAUUAUGAUACGUAGCCAGUGACCUCACUUUCAACUACUAUUUUGACCAUUUCCCCUCUAGGAUAUCGUGUAUGUGAACAGAACUUGCUAAGAUGACAAGGAUAGGAAAACUAUUCUGAUGGGCCUAAUUAGAACGAAUAAGAACAGAGUGGAGGGAUUUAGAUAGAAAUACAAUUUGAGAUGAAUAUUCGUUUCUUGUAGAGUGGGGAGUUGUUAAAAAAAAAAAGAUUAGGGAUAGCAUAGAGGUCUGCAAUAGAAGGGGGGGAAAAAGAGAGAAAAGCAUAGAAAAGAGGGUGUGUAUUUAAGCGAGAUUGGAAGGAAUAAAAGAGGGAAAGGAAAAGGUAGUUGAGAUGAGAUUCCCUGAUGGAUGGAUGACAUGGGCAGGUAAUUUUAAUAGAAGAAGAGAGGGGUAGAGGGAAUAGAGGGAAUAGAAGCUUUUUGAUUUUUGUCUGUUUGUGCAGCACAGGAGGGAGAUAAAAAAAGAUGCAGUCUUUUUUAGAAGGCAAAUGGCAUAUUGUACCUUAAUCCUGCAACUCAUGCACAUACUUUCUAAAAGCUAGGAUAUACCAUAAUGCCAAACCCUCCUUUCAUUAAUCCCCAGUGGUUGCAGGAAUCAUAUAAAGGUAGAUGCACCACUUGGCAUUACCACAAGGGCUCUUUUUCCUCAUCAACUUGGGUGAAUAUUCAAAUUUUGCGCUAUUUUUAUGCUCAAAUGUUAAGCUGCCCACUAAAGGUUGUGCUGUGGGGAAUAUGCACAGAAAUUGAUAAAGCCUUCAUAGCAACAACAACAACAACAAAAAGAAAGACUCACCACAGGAUUGCAAUUCCAACUUCCAGCUUCUUCGUUGGUA